GCCCUCUCUCAGGCUGCCAUUGGCUGAGGAGGGAGCCAAGACGGCUGUGAUUGGCUCAGGCGAUCACGUGCCUGUACAAAAACGAGCGGGAAGCUUCGCGGCGCUUCAGUCUCUUCAGGAUUCCGGCGAUGUCGCUUCAGGAGGAGGAGAAGGCCGAGGCGGGCCCCAGUUCGGCGUCCGCCUCAGGCUCCUCGAGCUCGGCCACGGCGAGCUCCGUGGACACGCUGCCCACCCAGGAGGCGCUCCCUUCCAUCCCGGAGGAAGGAGGAGAAGGAGACGGAGGGGACGGGCGAGGCCCGGCCAAGGCCUGGGGAAGGCUCUUCGGCCUCUCGCCUGGAUUCCACAAUCUCGAUUGCAUUAAUGGGGAAUAUAGUUUCGGGCGGGAUCCCUCCUGCGACUACGUCUUCCAGAGGUCAGCUGAGUUAUACCAACAAAGCAGUAAGAAGCACUUCCGUAUUAUACGGGAGGAGCCUGGCCUGGGUGUGGGCGUGGCCUAUUUGGAAGACCAGAGCGCUAACGGGACGUUCGUUAACGGGACGCUAAUUGGGAAAGGAAAGAAGACCCCGCUGGCCAACGGAGCCGAGAUCGCCCUUGCCCUCCCCUUCCACAAAGUUUUUUUUUUUUGUGACUUAAUGUCUGACCAAUCCAUGGGUUUUCCUCCGGCCUUAAAGGAGAAGUACGUCAUUUCCAAAACACUUGGAACGGGCGCCUGCGGGGAAGUGAAGCUGGCCUUUGAGAGAGAGACUUGCCUUAAAGUCGCUAUUAAAAUAAUCAACAAGAAGAAGUGCCUCCUCGAAAACGACCGGCCACUAAACGUUGAAACCGAAGUGGAGAUUUUGAAGAAAGUUGAUCAUCCCUGUUUAAUCAAGAUUAAAGACUUCUACGAAGGGGAAGAUUUCUAUAUAGUGCUUGAAUUGAUGGAAGGAGGGGAACUUUUCUACAAAGUCCGAAGGCCGGCCAAACUGAGCGAAGAAACCUGCAAACUCUAUUUCUAUCAAAUGUUGUUGGCAGUUCAGUAUCUCCACCAGAAUGGCAUCAUCCACCGGGAUCUCAAGCUGGAAAACAUCCUUCUCUCCUCUCCGUCCGAGGAAAAAUGCCUCAUCAAAGUCUCUGACUUUGGUCAGUCGAAGCUUUUGGGGGAGUCUUCCCUGAUGCAGACGCUGUGCGGGACCCCCGACUACUUGGCCCCCGAAGUCCUGCGAUUCGAAUCCGGGGCCAAAGGGGGCGGUUACGGGCGUGCCGUCGACGCCUGGAGCCUCGGGGUCAUCCUUUUCAUAUGCCUUUCUGGGUACCCCCCUUUCUCGGAGACGCCUCAAAAGUGUCUCCGAGACCAGAUUUGCGCCGGAAGUUUCACCUUCAUCCAAGAGAUAUGGGACCACGUCUCCCAGGAAGCCUUAGAUUUGGUCCGGAAAUUGCUGGAAGUCGAUCCCAUCCGGCGUCUGACCAUCCAGGAAGCCUUGCUUCACCCCUGGCUCCAAGAUGAAGAGAUGAAGCGCAUUUUCCAGGAAUUGGUUUCCAAAGCAGAGACGGCUCCAAAUUUGCUUGUUAAAGGAAGGAAAAGGCCACGGGCAGAAGACGAACUUGUGGGGCCCACAAAAGCUCGGAAACUCCAGCAAUAAUUAAGUUCCUAUCUGAUUAUUAUUUUCCUAUUGUUUUUAAAUACGGUUUUAUAUGUAUAUAUGUGUAUAUUUCUGAAGAGUUUAUAUUUUUUCCCUGGUGGAUUUUUAUAGGAAAAUAAAGAAAUAUAUUAGACUUGGA